UGAGGAACUGUCAGAGUGAUGACCAGGAGGAGGGUAAGGACUGGACUGUAAAAAUAGAUUAAAGAUAGUUAAAAAAAAAAAAAAACAGAAUCACAAGUCUACACUUUUAUAUAGAAACAGUAAUUUCUACUUUGACUCCUCAGAGUACACAUCCACUCAUGUAUGAUGGCUGAGGUGGGUGGGGAGGAAAUGUCAGAAGCAAAUGUUUCUGCCUCUAAGUCAAUUGGGGGAAGUCCUGGCACAAUCAACCACUCCGAUAUCUACAAAGGUGAACGAAUGUCCUGUGAAAACAGGCAAGCAAAGCUCCUCCUGAAAUAAAUCAUCUGACAUCUGAUCCUUUCCAUUGUCUGGUGGACUCUACAAGUCCCUCUCCCCACUGUUGAACAUUUCAUCUAAGGUCCCUCCCUCUGAGUCCUCAGGGUUUCUCACCUCCUAGACCUCUGGCACAUUCUAGAGGGUACCUGCCCACCUCAUACCUCCCAAGGCUGUACAAGUUAUGAUCGCUCUCAUAAACCAGCACAGGAAUAAUAAUUAUGAUAAAUAUGGACCUUGACGGACCAGUCUUUUCAGUGAUCUUACUGGUUCCAAUUUGGGGACCAAUAAUGUUCAUUGUCUCAGGAUCCUUGUCAAUUGCAGCAGGAGUGAAAACUACAAAAAGCCUGGGUUUGGAUGCUUUGAAGUUAGUUUUAAAUAUGCUAGAAUUCUGCCUUGCUGUGUCCAUCUCUGCAUUUGGAUGUAAAGCUUCCUGCUGUAACUCCAGAGAGGUUCUUUUGGUGCUAACACCAAAUCCUGCUGUGACAGUGAUGGCAUCUCCCCGCCCCCCCUCCCCCGACACUUCAACCAUUGCUACCAUCAGAACACCAAGGGAAAAAUGUUCCAGGAAAUGUAUACAAGAACCACCUGGGAGAAAGGCUCUACGUGUGUGUGUGUGUGUGUGUGUGUGUGUGUGUGUGUGUGUGUGUGUGUGCAAGCAUUUCCCUGGGAAAUUAAUACUUCAUUGCAGUGUGUUUGGUAGGAAUUAUCAGGCAUGCUGAAAAUGUGUAAGUCAAGCAGUUACUAGAUCAAAAAAAUUUAACAUCUUACAUUCAUUUAAUGUACAAAGGGCAUUGAAUUGGCAAAGAAGUUUGAAUGCAAAUUGACCAAACAAACAAACAAACACCUAUGUUAGUGAAGUGAGGUCUCCAAAGAGUGGAGAGUGUAGUUCACUCUUAUUUUGGGCUUUUGCUAAAUAAGUAGAUUUAGUUGCUCAUGAUCAGGAGCAGACACAUAAAGUAUAUAAGCAAUGGGUGUAUUAAAGUACUAAUGGUAGCAACCAAUUUUAAUUUCUGUGUGCAUUCUCAUCAUAUAAUAACAUAGUGCAUACUUUAGUUGAUAUAUUGAAAAAUUACAAUAAAGAGAGUGGUUGAAAUCAGAAUGCCUGAUCCUUAAAUACACAAACAUAUUCAUACAUCUAUAUACAUGUGUUUAUUUAUAUAAAUUUAGUGCAUCUCACUGUAUAUACAUAGUAUAUGUAGAGUGUGGAUAUGGAGAUUAUAGACAGUACACAUACAAUAUGAGUUUAUAUUACACAUGAACUAAAAAAAAUCACUUAUUACUCUGGAUUGAAGUUAAAGGUUGACUUUGAAGGUUACACCACCUUGAAGUUGAAUGUACACAUUACCUUUCUGGUUAAAAGCAAUGUCCAAAGACUCUGCCAUCAGGCUAAAUUCCCCAAAGAGAAAUAAUUGUCAGUAAAUUCUUAGAUAAACUGAUUCUAAGUA